ACUCCAACAGCUACUGGUAGAUAUGAAGGAAGCUCACUCUAUAAUUAUAGAAGAAGCAAGAAAGUUCAAGCAGCCAUAUCUAACCUGCUUGAGGAAAGAGCUACAAAGAGUUUAUUAUCAACUGCACAGUUUAAUAGAAGGAAAGCAGGACAGCAGAAAAAUGAGCCUGAGCUGUCUGAUACUGUUAUGAGCAAGGAAAGAAAGAUAAGGUUAAAUUAUGAGUUCCUUCGUAAAUGUGUUUCAUCAGCUCCUGUUACUCCAAUGCUGCCAGAGAUGUGGAAACACAUCCUCUCAUAUAUCUCAUCCCGCUAUCUCUCUCACCCUCUCUCUAAACCACUCCUGCCUCAGUUGUAUAGUGAAAUCAGUAGCAGCUAUGAAGAUACCAUCAGAAAAACCACUAUUCGUAUGACAUUGGUCAAGCCAUCAGUCAGUGGAUUGGAUCCAGAGCCACCACUUUACCUAGAACCCUUGGGUCUUGAUUUCUCUACUACAUGGCGUGAUAGAUAUGAUUCAUCUGUAAGAACUCUAUCAUCAGUUCUGCAUGUAACGCAUCCAGUAAUGCCUGCACUGUUGUCUUUAUGGGAACAACAGAAUGUGAAGCAUCUAGUGGAGUAUUCUAAUAUCAGGUCCAAGUGCCCAAUGGAGCUCGAGAAUUUUCGUAACAUGAUACUAUUAGAUGUACAGCAUGCUGAAGAGAAGCUAAUGAAUUCCUGGUACAGUAAAGUGAUAUCAUUGUUCAGUGGCGAUGAUAAACUGGUACGCAACAAGCCACAAGAACAAACAGAGACAUUUUACGAAUCCGUUAGUACUCUCAUUGGCAAUCAAAUUAGGUCAUUACUUACUAAUACACUCCAUUCUUUUGUGAGCAUAUUUGAUGCUGCCAACACUGCCCACCUUCCAAUCUUUAGACUAGAGCUCUGUCUUGAAGAUGAUACUAUAUUCUUCUUUCCUAGUGUAAAUGACUUUGAGUCUGCAAUUGAUUUUAUUAUAAGCACAAUAUCAAAGGCUUUGCAAGAAGUAGGACAGAUACAGGUAAGAUAGCAUGUGCUUUAUUGUAGUAGUGGUA